CUCAUAUGCUAAUUAUCUUCGAUAGCAAAGAUGGCGGCCUAGCAGCAUUGAAAUCCUCCCCGUAACGAUUUACUAAAUUAAGCAUUAGUUGACUUUUGGUUCUUAGGAGAAAUAACUAAUUCCUUACCGCGUUGGGCUUCUAAUAGAAGAUAUGUUAUGAGAAAACGCGAAAAGUGUAAUUUGAGGAGGAGCAGGCCACUAUUAGCCGAGGGUUUCCCGUUGUGUGGCUCUGUGCGCAGCGGAGAAGCUAACUAGCCUUUACCUUCAUUUUUUUUAAAAUGGCUCCGGUGCAGAUCGGGUCAGAUGGGCAACUCGUCCCACUCGGGGGUCCAGUUGUCUCGGGUCCACAACCACCUGCUCCCGGAACCCCAGCAACACAGGGCGUCAAAUUAAGCCUGCUUAUUGAAUUUCUUCUCCAGAGGACUUACCAUGAAAUUACCCUACUGGCGGAGCUACUCCCCCGAAAGACUGACAUGGAGCGGAAAAUUGAGAUUGUCCAGUUUGCAAGUCGCACCAGGCAGCUUUUUGUACGUCUUCUUGCUCUGGUGAAGUGGGCAAGCAAUGCAGGGAAAGUUGAGAAGUGUGCGAUGAUUUCCAGCUUCCUGGAUCAGCAGGCCAUCCUGUUUGUGGAUACGGCUGAUAGACUGGCUCUGCUAGCGCGGGAUGCCCUCGUACACGCCCGCUUACCCAGCUUUGCCAUCCCUUUUGCCAUCGACGUCCUGACGACAGGAUCAUACCCACGCUUGCCCACAUGCAUACGCGAUAAAAUAAUUCCUCCAGACCCCAUUACUAAAACAGAAAAGCAGACCACUUUAAACCAGCUUAAUCAGAUUUUACGACACCGCCUUGUCACCACUGACUUACCACCGCAGCUGGCAAAUCUCACAGUUGCUAAUGGGCGUGUUAAGUUUCGGGUGGAGGGUGAGUUUGAAGCCACUCUAACGGUCAUGGGAGACGAUCCUGAUAUUCCCUGGCGGCUGCUGAAGCUGGAAAUUCUAGUGGAGGACAAAGAAACUGGAGAUGGACGAGCUUUGGUCCACAGCUUGCAGGUGAACUUUAUCCACGAGUUGGUCCAGGCACGUCUUUGUGCUGAUGAAAAACCCCUACAGGACAUGUACAACUGUCUGCAUUCCUUUUGUUUGUCACUGCAGCUCGAAGUGCUCCAUUCUCAGACACUCAUGCUGAUCAGAGAGCGAUGGGGAGACUUGGUGCAGGAGGAGAAAUAUGUUCCAGCAAAAUACCUCACGCUUUCUGUCUGGAACCAACAGGUUUUGGGUCGAAAAACGGGCACAGCGUCCGUGCAUAAAGUAACAAUCAAGAUCGAUGAAUCAGAUGGAUCUAAGCCAUUGCAAAUAUGUCAUGAACCUGCGCUUCCUUCCUGUGACUCCAAGUUAAUGGAGCGAGCAAUGAAGAUUGACCAUCUAUCAGUGGAGAAACUGUUGAUUGACAGCGUGCACGCCCGCGCCCAUCAGAAGCUGCAGGAACUCAAGGCCAUUUUAAAGACCAGCAAUCCCAGUGACAACUCAUUCAUUGAAACUGCUUUGCCCACAUUGGUGAUUCCCAUCCUUGAGCCUUGUGGUCGCUCAGAGUGCCUGCACAUUUUUGUCGAUCUUCAUUCUGGCAUGUUUCAACCCAUGCUUUAUGGAUUAGAUCAGUCCAUGCUGGAUGAUAUUGAAAAGAACAUCAAUGAUGAUAUGAAACGCAUACUUUCUUGGCUUCAGCAGCUCAAGUUCUGGUUGGGGGAGCAGCGAUGUCGACAGUCAGUGAAACACCUCCCCACCGUUUGCUCAGACAUCCUUCAUCUCUCCAAUUCAUCCUCUCACCCAGUCGGCAACUUAUCGAAGCACAAACUCUUUAUCAAGCUCACUCGUCUCCCACAGUACUACAUUGUGGUGGAAAUGCUUGAAGUGCCUAGUAGUCCCACAUCAUUACAGUACAAAUACUACUUCCUAUCAGUUUGUCAGUUAGAGGGAGAGGAUGGGCAUAUGAGUGCACAACUCUUUCAGCUUUUUAAACCCAACCUGGAGCACCUUGUCCAGGACCCAACAACAGGGAGAGAGACUCGACCCGGAUCAAAAAGAAAGAUUGUGGGAGAUCAAGGGGACUCUGAGCCUAAGAAACCCAAAAGGUCUGGAGAAAUGUGUGCUUUCAACAAAGAGCUGGCUCAUCUCGUAGCCAUAUGCGAUACCAACAUGCCUUUUAUUGGUCUCAGAACGGAGCUUUCUAAUAUGGGCAUUCCGAACGAGGGAGUCCAGGUGGAAGGAGACGGAAGUAGCCAUGCAAUACGACUGCUAAAGAUCCCCCGUUGUAGAGACGUUGGGGAGGAGACCAGGAGAGCUUUGGAGCGCUCUCUACUGGACAGCACCAUCCGCUUGCAGGGCAGGAAUAACCGAACCUGGGUGGCUGAGUUGGUGCUGGCCAACUGUCCUCUCAGCAGCACAAACAGCAAGGAACAAGCCCCCACACGGCAUGUGUAUUUGACCUAUGAAAACCCUCUGUCCGAGCCGGUGGGCGGGAGGAAGGUUGUGGAGAUGUUACUAAACGACUGGAAAGCCAUCAGCCAGCUCUAUCAAUGUGUUCUGAACUUUUCUCGUGCACUGCCAGAAAUGCCACCUUACCUUAGCCAGUUCUCUGAGGUGCGGCUGUAUAACUACCGUAAGCUGGUGCUGUGCUACGGCUCCACCAAAGGAAGCUCCGUCACCAUCCAGUGGAACUCCAACACGCAGCGCUUCCACCUGGCCCUGGGCACUGUGGGGCCCAACUCGGGCUGCUCCAACUGCCAUAACAUCAUCCUCCAUCAGCUGCAGGAGAUUUUCAACAAGAACCCAAAUGUGAUGCAGCUGCUGCAGGUGCUCUACGACACCCAAGCUCCUCUCAAUGCAAUCAACAAGCUACCGACAGUGCCCAUGCUGGGGCUCACCCAGCGCACCAACACUGCCUACCAGUGUUUCUCCAUUCUGCCCCAGUCGCCCACACAUAUCCGCCUGGCGUUCCGUAACAUGUACUGCAUCGACAUUUACUGCCGCAGCCGAGGAGUGGUGGCCAUCCGAGACGGAGCCUACAGCCUGUUUGACAACACUAAGAUUGUGGAAGGAUUUUACCCCGCUCCAGGACUCAAGACAUUCCUUAACAUGUUUGUAGACAGCAAUCAAGAUGCCCGCAGGCGUUCAGUCAAUGAGGAUGACAACCCUCCCUCCCCUGUAGGUGUAGAUGUGAUGGACAGUCUGAUGACCCAGCUCCAGUCUCAUCAGCAGGCCCAGCCUAUGAGAGGAGGCGGUGGGGGUGUAUACCCCCCGCUUACGUCGCCACCACCAAAUUAUCUUGCCAAUGUAACUCCAUCGCCUUCCAUGAUGCCCACCCAGUCCCCAGGGAACAUCCAUGCCUCUGGCUCCCCUAGUGGAGCUCUGAGGGCACCCUCUCCUUUUGGCCCCACCCCGUCUCCAUCGUCUCUGGGCAUAGCCAUGGGCCAGACCAGCUUUGCCAGUCCCCACGGUCCCCUGGACCCCAGCUCUCCUUACACCAUGGUGUCUCCCAGCCAUAGGGGCCAGUGGCCCGGCUCACCGCAGGUUUCAGGACCUUCUCCUGGGGCCAGAAUCCCUGGCAUGUCUCCUGGUAAUCCUUCCCUGCACUCACCUAUUCCUGACCCCAAUUCUCCACGUGCUGGGAGUAGUUCCCAAGUCAUGCCCACCAGUAUGCCUCCUCCCCGGAAGUUACCUCAGCGCCCCUGGGCUGCAUCCAUCCCCACCAUCCUCUCCCACAAUGCCUUACAUGUGCUUCUGCUCCCCUCGCCCACUCCCUGCCUGGUGGCGGGCCUAGCAGGGAGCUACCUCUGCUCCCCGCUGGAGCGCUUUUUGGGUUCGGUCAUCAUGAGGCGGCACCUACAGAGGAUCAUCCAGCAGGAGGCGAACUUGUCGAUUGUGAACUCCAACGAGCCAGGCGUGAUCAUAUUCAAAACCGACGUUCUCAAGUGUCGAGUGGCUCUCAAUCCAAAGAACUAUCAGACCCUGCAGCUUAAAGUUACCCCGGAAAACACAGGUCCAUGGUCUCAGGAGGAGCUUCAGGUGCUGGAGCGGUUCUUUGAGACCCGUGUUGCUGGUCCUCCCUUUAAAUUCAACACUCUGAGUGCCUUCACCAAACUGCUGGGGGCUCAAACCAACGUUCUCAGAGACUGUGUGCGCAUCAUGAAGCUGGAACUGUUCCCUGACCAGGCUGGACAGCUCAAGUGGAACGUCCAGUUCUGUCUCACCAUCCCUCCCAGUGCUCCCCCCAUCGCCCCUCCUGGGACCAUCGCUGUGGUGCUUAAGGCCAAAAUGCUUUUCUUUCUGCAGCUGACCCAGCGUAUCCCAGUGCCCCAGGAGCCGGUGAACAUUAUCGUGCCCAUUGUGUAUGACUUGGCCACGGGGAUCACUCAGCAGGCUGAUAUUCCGAGACAGCACAGCUCCUCUGGGGCUGCAGCGCUUUUGGUCUCCAAUAUCCUUAAGAGGUUCAGUGAGAUCCAUCCUGCCAGGCAGGGUGAGUGUACCAUAUUUGCAUCUGUUCAAGAGCUGAUGGCCACCCUCACGCUUCCCCCGAACACUCGAUAGUAGAUCCAGCUAAAUCAGACCUUUUGCUGAAACCAAACUAGCGUCACCUAAGAUCAAGCACGGGAAGUCCGGAGCAGACAUGACUACAAAGAGGAAAAGCUGUGUUCCAUUUCUUUCCAUCACCAUCUAAAUGCUAAAACAUCAACUGGUCUUCAGUUUGCUGAAUGCAAAAAUAUAAAGUAAAUGUAUUAUUUUUGUCCUCCAGGCACUUGUAAACAAAAUUAUCUAUUGAAAAUUAAGAUUGUUUACAAAAUAUGUACAUUGUUGUAAAUUUGCUUGUCAGAGAAACUUCAGGUGAGAUAGAUCCUUGCGAGAAUGUUUUUUGUUUUUCUUUUUCCAUGUCUGAUUAUACUGUAGUAUUGGGAUAGAUUCCUUAGCACACUAUUUAAUGAUCUUCCUGCCUUUACUUUGUCAGUAUCUCUGCUUUUUUAUUUGAAUUUUCUUCAUUUUCUAUACUCUAAAGCUGUGAUAAACUUUAUAAGCCAGUUGUAUUUUACUAAGAUUCAUUAUAAGUCCUGACUGAAGGAUUUGAAGACAUGCUGUCUGACUUUGCUAUUUAAUAAACAAAGCCUUGAGUCGG